GGCAGAAGCCGCGCAUCUCCCGCAAGUCCCUCAUGAAAUGCUGUCUGGUCAAAUGGAUCAUCGCCAGUACAACGCCUCAAGGCUCAACUUAGUGCAUCAGUGAUUACCUGCGAGCCUACUGGAAUUCAGAAUUGUUCCGAGAAUGGAGUCUUUAAGAACUUGUUGCAGCAAAGUAGUUUGAAGAAACAUUGAUCAAACAAGAUGAGUUGCUUUUCCUAAAUUCGUUCAUUUCGGCAUCUAGCAUGACCUCUUGACCUUUGUUCAUUUUCUUAAAGGAAUCGCAUAGCUAAUCGCAGUUGCAAUGGUUAUUCAGGGCAUGGAGUUGUUUGCAGUUGCUGUAGUGCUGCUUAUGUUUAUAAUGGUGCUCAAACAGUUUGGGGUCACGGAUCCACUGCUGGAUGAUGACACCGUUGAAAGUGAUCUGGAGUUGUCCAUGGUCCGACAUCAGCCAGAGGGCCUGGAGCAGCUCCAGGCUCAGACCAAGUUCACUAGAAAGGAGCUGCAGUCACUUUACAGAGGCUUCAAAAACGAGUGUCCCAGCGGAUUGGUGGAUGAGGAGACGUUUAAAUCGAUCUAUUCCCAGUUCUUCCCUCAAGGAGAUGCCACCACAUAUGCACAUUUCCUCUUCAAUGCUUUUGACAUGGACCGAAACGGCUCUAUUCGCUUUGAGGACUUUGUAAUAGGCCUGUCUGUUCUGCUUCGAGGUUCUGUGACAGAGAAACUGAGGUGGGCCUUUAACCUCUAUGACAUUAAUAAAGACGGCUACAUCACCAGAGAGGAAAUGCAGGCUAUCAUGAAGUCCAUCUAUGACAUGAUGGGCAGGCACACCUCUCCUAGUGUCAAAGAUGAUGCUGCAUUUGAACACGUGGAGAAAUUCUUCCAGAAAAUGGACCGGAACAGAGACGGAGUUGUGACCAUUGAUGAGUUUAUAGAGACCUGUCAGAAGGACGAGAACAUUAUGAGCUCCAUGCAGCUGUUUGAGAAUGUCAUCUAGAGCGCAGCAUGAAGUGCAGAAUGAUCCUUGCUCUUUUUCCAGCAUUGUUCCAUUAGUCCUCAAGCGCUCCACGGGGACUCUCUAGAAACACUUCUGUUUUGCACCUAGGCCCUGUAGCAUGUGAAUGAACAUUUUGAUUGAUUGUAUUGAAUGCUAUCACCGGAUGUGGGCCGCCUGCGAGUGUGCCAUUACUGUAUGUCUCAAUUUAAUCUAGUAUGUCUCUAAAGUAUUCAAGACAGGUUUAUUCGCUCAUUUGUAUAUAUGUAGAUAUAUAUGUGCCCUUAAACUUGCAUGUUUGCCCUGCUACUUGUCUGGCCCAUUGUAAUUUUAUACUAAGAAAUAAAGGCAUCCGUGAAUGACUCCA